AUUUCCCCUUAUAAGCCUAAAAUCAGUCUCCCAUGCUUUCUCGUUUCCGACCUUCCCUUCACAAUUCUGCCUCUCCCCUCCCUCCUAAGCGGCGCGCCAGCUCUUUGUCAUGCGCACGAGUCUUCUGCAGAGAGGAAAAUCCCCAUAGAACAGUAGAAGAAGCAGCGGGAAAGCGGGCGGAAGCAUGGGAAUCGAGCGCUGCGAACCAUCUCCUUGCACUUCCCCCUUCACCGAGGACGAGCAUCGCGUGGCCGAAAUCUUGCUGGAGCUGCGGUGGCUCUUCGUCGAUCGCUUCCCCCGGGGCUGGGGCGCCAAGCGGCGGAGAUCGGCCCUCCGCGGCGGCUCUUCGCCCCCCUCCCCAGCACGCCCGUCUCCUCCUCCGCAGCCACAGCCGCCGAAGUGCCCCGCCCGCGCCGCGAUCGAGGACAGGGUUGGCCCGCCAAAGGUCCACGCGGCGAGCCCCGACACGCCCCUCUCCUUCUCCCCCAGCGAAUCUGACGGCAACAAGGCCAAGCAGUCCCACUCCAAGAGAAAAUCCACCAAAAGGGUUGUGCCGAAGAGAGAGGAAUGGUUGAAGCUCUUACCGUUGUUGGAGGAGCAAGGCGACGCUCUCAGAAAGGAGGUGGAGAAUGUGAGGCGUUAUCGCGACCAAGUGAAGGCUUUGAAUUCGAUGUUGAAAGCCAGGAAGGAAGAGCUAAUUAUCCGGGUAAUACCCGGAGAGGCCAAGCAAGGACCAGAACCGAGCACGCGUUUAACUCUGGGGGGCCAAUCGGCCGAGCCCACGGCCGCGUCUCUCCCCUCCGGCUCAGAUCGCCACCUACCGUCGAUUCCCGGUGAGGCGGCGAGCGUACCGGAGACGAGCGAGACGCGGGACCCGGUGGGCCCAGGGCGGGACAUCCCCGACCUGAACAUCGGGUUGGCGCCGUUUGACGGGACGACGUUGGACGAGGAGUGGAGCAGCAGGGCGAGGGCUGCUGCUGAAGCGAGGCAGAGGAGGAAGCUGAUCUACAGAGCCAAGAAUCCGACCGCCGCUGUCAAGCCACGUGUCCAGCUUAGAUGAGAGGAGGGCG